AUGGAGAUUAUGUUAGAAAGAAACAUAUCAAGACUGAAGUUCAAACAUGAUGAAGCUAUCAUGGAUUCCAUACGGGGUGACGAGAAGUACUUGUUAUCAAUGUUAACAUUUGAUAUCAUAUUAAAUAUAUUUUCUCGGUUAUCCCCCGAGGAAAUCUUGACCUGCAGAUUAGCGUUGAAAAGAUCAUGGCGCCAAAUUUUCAAGCUCACCCAUUUUUCCGAUUUGCACUUACAGCGUAUGAACAUGAACGGGUCGUUGCAACUGAAACAACAACAACAGCAGCCAGAGAAGUCUAAUGGUGCCAUCAGCAAGGUGAGUUUUCUUUUCCUAGAAAUGGAGAAAAGUAGCCCACUUUGGUAUUUUGAAUAUGAUGAGAUUAAGAAUACUUAUUUCCUUAAAAGAGUUAAUCAUCCAUUGAUUAAGAAGAGAUCUCAUCAUUCGUAUGCGUUGGUCGGUUCGUGCAACGGUUUGGUUUGUUUUUGUUUAGCUAGUACACAUAAAAUUGAUGAUCCUGUUUCCAUUUAUAAUCCUAUCACUAGAGAGUUUUUAUAUCUUCCAAGGUUCAAAAUCCCGUCUGAGUUUUUUGAGGGUACUUAUAAAGGUGGUAAAUCCUACUUAAAAUGUUACAUGGCGAGUGGAUUUGGAUACCAUCCUUCUAGUGGUGAGUACAAAAUUGUUAGAAUUUUUUAUGGUGACAAUAAACAAGCUGUGGGAAGAGUUCAAGUCUACACACUUGGUACUCGUGAGCAAUGGAGAAACAAAGGAGAAAUUACUUACUCAUUUGGUCCAGGUUAUGGUUCAUUCAGGGGUAUGCAUGUAGAUGGGUUUCUUUACUGGUUGGACAACAAAGUCUGGAAGAUUGUUGCUUUUGAUUUAGGGGUUGAGGAGUUCAUCUUGCUCCCUGCGCCACCUUGUUAUGCCGCCACUGGGUUUAACUCCUUCCGACUCCAAGUGAUAGGAGGGUGCUUAUGUGUUGUCAAAGAAAACUUACAAAUGGGAAUUGACAUAUGGUCCUUCAAGAAGGAGAACAAUGAAUGGGAAAGCAUGUUGAAGAUAAAAAUCAAUUUGGAAGGUCGAUUGGAUGUCAACCGGCCAAUCACUAUCUUAAAGAAUGGUGGAGUUCUGUUGAGGUAUGUGAGUUUUCUUGUUCGUUAUGACACCAAAACUGCAACUUGGGAAAAGUUUCUGCUUCGUGAUUCAGGAUUUGUUGAAGCAAUACCACACGUCCACAGCUUCGUUUCGUUGAAAGCUCUAGAGCACAAUACCAUGAAAAGAAAGCGCAGAUGA